AUGGGCAAGCCCGGUCGUGCUCGCGAGCCAGCCGACUUGAUCGGAUCUAUCGAGCAAACCUACACGGAGGCUCGAGUCAUCGUGCUCGUGUGUCUCGCCUCGUGGCUUGUGGGUCAACUCAGAUUCAGUUUCGCAUGGCUACUGUUCGUCCUCGCGGCUAGUCGCACCUAUACCAAGGUGUCCAUGAAGCGCAUGCAGCGAGUCGUUCGAGAUGACUGCCAGCGCUAUCACGCCACUAAGAUCCUGGCCCACGGUGAGACUAUCAACUGGGUAAAUGAAAUCCUCCAACGUCUCUGGCACAUGAAUCAAGCUCAAAUCAGUGAACAAAUCGUCCGCUAUGUAAAUGAUGGCCUCGCUCGUCGCACCUGGACCGAGCCCGACACACCGCCCCAAAAAGUCAUUCUUCAUUCGCUUGCUUUGAUUGAGUUGCCGCUUCGAAUGACGCGAGUCUUUGUGCAUCGCAAGCCCUCUUCACCGAACCUGAUCUUCGAAGGCCGAUUCCAGGUGAACCUCGCACCGCAUGGGAGCGAGCACCAUGGUUUACUGGAGGUAUUUGAGCACCCGCUCAUUGACCUCACCAUUCUUCGGGAUGUUGACGAGCACGAUCGCCAUCGCUAUCAAAGCCAUCAUCACCAUAAUCUCGCUGUGCAGGUGCGCCAGUUCACUAGCCAAGGGUCAUUGCAGAUCGAGUUGGACCUGGAAGGCGAACAGCCCGCCUUGCUGCAGCCGCACAUAGAGCUGCAGGAGCAGCCGAAGAUGGACUGCACGAUCAAGUCGAUCAGCCAACACCACUUUCCAUUCCAUUUUGCGCACCAUGUCGACUGGCGCCGAGUGGUGGAGAUGCAGCUACGCGAAGGACUAGGAUGGGCCUUCCGUCGACCACUGCCUCUCGGGGAAAGGUGGCUGAUCAAGAUGAUGACGUGGUGGUGGCAUAUUCUCAACUAG